AUAAGUAAUAAAGGUUACAUUAAAUAAUGAGGCCAACAUCUGUCAGCUGAUUUCCAUUACCAUCGUCUGUUGUGGAAAGUCGAACAAAAUUGUCCCAAAGUUGGAUGAUAUUCAAGAAUUAUUUGUCAGUAUCUUUGAAACGAUGACUUUGAUAGUGACGAAUUUUAAUUUUUAAAAUCAAAUAUUUUAUGCUAACCAAAUUUCGUUAAUUCCUAUCGUGUUUGUGUGCAAGUUCCGUGACCCAUUAAUGCAGCCUCACAUCACAAAGUGUUAUUUCACGUUUUUGCAUAACUUUCUGACUAGCUAGCCAUGGCAUUUCCUUCAUAUUCCGGCCCAUUAAAAAACCCUUUCAAUGAUAUUAGUAAUGAAGAUGACGAAUUUGGUGAUUUCACAAGUGCUGUCACGUAUCCAGCAAUCGGAAGUUGCAAUGGGGAAGCUGGGUUUCAGGUUUCAUUGCCUGUGCAGGUCCAUUCUCUGAACAAGAUACAAUCUAAUAGUGUCUUUUUCAACCCAAUUCCUGAUAGUGACAAUGAUGAUGAAUUUGGUGAUUUUUGUGGUCCGAGUGUGGACCAUACUUUCGAGUUAUCAACGGUUGUGCCUGUUACACCUGACAGUAGUGUUAGUGUUAGCCUUCCACAAGAAAGUAGUGGUAAAAAAUGCCAACCUAAUUAUGACAUAGACCUUGAAGAAGAUUUAACUGGAGUGUCCCAGUUAUCUUGGAGCAGAAAAAAUUAUGAAGAAAAAGUAGUGGAUGAUGAAGAGGAAUUCACAAAUUUCACAAGCGCAGAACCAGUAUGCCCAUCUUUGGAAGCAAACAGUAUCUUCCCACUCAGUCAUGAGAUAUCACAGCCCGUUGUUGAAGAAAUCUUUUCUGCAUUGGGGGAGGCCUCUUUAGAUUUACCCCCAACACUGCAAUCAUUGGAACAUGUUCCAGACUCAAAGACAGAUGAUGAAUUUGGUGAUUUCACACAGGCAAUGUCAGUUGCCUCAGUAAAUGCAUCUGCUGUAGAGGAUCUUUUCAGUUUAGAUGCAGUUCCAUCUUUCUCCUUGGAAUCUCCUGGCGUCCAGAAUCCAGUGAAUAGUUUCGGUUAUUUCGAUCAACAAGAUGAAGAGCAACAACCUCAUUUUGCCGCCAUCAGUGACGUGAUGGAAGCACCUCAAAUCAGCUGGGACGAACCUCUGGAGAAAGUCGAUCCCCUUUCAGUUACGGUUGGCUUCGAUGAAGACAAGCCAAAGUUACCAGAAGAUGUGAAGGUAACCGAAGAGUUAAUUGAAGAAGAAGAUGAAUUCGUUUUCCAUCAAAAUGUGGAAACGAUACCCGAUGUGGAAUUUUCCGAUUUUCAAACUGAACCGACCAUCGACGUACAGGUCGAGGAUGACGGCAACAUCGAAGAAUUUGGUGAUUUUACUGAUUUUCAAACGGCGACGUCUGAGGCAGUUGAGGCAACUUCAGAAGAUGACGAAUUUGAUGAUUUCGAAAUAGCUCCCCUUCCCUCCACAGAAUGUAUCCAACCAACCGAGUUGCCCGCAACUACACCUGAAACUCAUAUCCAAAGGAUGUUGACAACCCUUUUUCCUGUCAAUAGCCCCUCGUCCACCGAAACAGAGCUUCAAUCAUCGACCAUUCCAUUGUCGAAUUCACCUGGUGGUUCUUUGUGGUCUUACGUAAGUCAAUUGGACUCUACACCGGCCCUUUCGUUUAGCUGGAAACAUUCAGCAGCUCAACAACGUUUCCUUCAUUCACUUCGCAUCGACAGUGUCCUCCAGGCAGGGAAUGUUGGCGGCUUUCGUUGGAAUUCGCCAUCUAGUGUCAAUUCUCCUUCUACGUCGAUGACCGAGAGUUUCGUUGAGCCUACAGUUACACUGGACUUGGAUUUCUUUUUAAAUCCGGCUUCAUCAGCCACGAGUAACGUCGUACCUGCAAGUAGCAUCACCACUGUACCCACUAAUACGAGCGACAGUAUAUUGGAGACGAUUGAACGCGAAUUACUUUCACCUCAAGGUAAAGGACUUCGUAACCAAGUAGUUCCUCCUCCUACCCAGUCACCAGCACUACCCGUCCGUCACAACCAAUUGAGUGACAUUUUCCAACACUUACAUCUACAAGAUAAUGCAAACCAUUCGUCUGUGUCUAAUCGACAAGUCGAUCUACUUCAGUAAGUGAAAAUAAUUUCUACACAGACACAAAUACAUUCCUCUUUUUUUUUUGCUUGUCGUUUUCGUUCGGGAUCGAGUCAUAUCAUUUUUUUAGACUUUAAGUUUAUCCUCACAAAAUGCGUUAGUAUGUUUUUAAAAAAGUAUUUUGAGAUGGAGAUGGGAUAUCGUGCAAAAAUUUAAAUAAAAUCUUGUCUCUUUGAA